CCCGCCGGUUUUAUAUAAGUAGGACCGUCGAUUUACCACGACAGUUCAGUUUACUGAAAAGAAAUAUCACGAAAGGAUGGCCCUAGAACGUCAAGUCCGCGCUAAGAUCGCAGCCAAACGUAAUCCCGAACAAGAACGGGAAGCUCAGGAAUGGAUCGAAAGUGUUCUUGGAAAAAAAUUUCCACCUGGUGAAUCAUUCGAGGAUGUUUUAAAGGACGGUCAAGUUCUUUGUCAUUUGAUGAACAAAAUUUCACCUGGAUCUAUUCAAAAGAUCAACACUUCUGGCGGACAAUUUAAAAUGAUGGAAAAUAUCAAUCUAUUCCAAAAAGCACUUAAGGAAUAUGGUGUGGAUGACGUUGAUGUCUUCCAAACGGUCGAUCUAUGGGAGAAAAAAGAUAUAGCUCAAGUUAUCACAACUUUAUUUGCCCUUGGUCGUACGACUUACAAACACCCAGAAUGGAAGGGACCUUAUUUAGGACCUAAACCAUCAGAAGAAUGCAAACGUGAAUUUACGGAAGAACAAUUACGUGCCGGUGAAUCUGUGAUUGGUCUGCAAGCUGGUUCAAACAAAGGUGCUACACAGUCUGGCCAAAGUAUCGGUGCCACUCGUAAAAUCCUCCUUGGAAAAUAAAUAUAUUAAUAAUUAUAAUUA